GUCCUGGUCGGCCACAUCGUGCACCACUGCCAGCUGCUGCGCUUCGGGCUCUCGGUGCUCGACAAGGUCUGGGCUUUCAUGUCCGAGAGCGGUGGUAAGGAGGUUCGCCUGUGGGCGUCCGUCAGGUGGGAGCUGGAAGUGUCCUCCUGGCUCGUUUUCCUGGCCGAGGCCCGGCUCAGCGCAGAGCCUGCCAGCAUCGCCUUUUGUGGCGACUCUUCUGCCGUGGGCUACGCGCUGCACGUCACGUCCGUCUCGGGGCCCGAGUUUCGGGCCGUGGCACGCUACCGAGAGCGGUGGCGCUUCGACGCAGUCGAGCGGAGCGACGACGGCUGGGGGGCCGUGGGCAGCUGGACAGCCGAGUGGCGGGCCUCGCCGGAUCCAGCGGGGUCGCUCGGCGGCGGCCCCCGUGACCUCGGCGGCGGACCUGCGGUUCGCUGCCGGCCAUGGCGCGACAUCGAGACCGUGGAGCGGCCAGCCGAGGAGGUGGGGAUCCCGCCGCUGCCCGACGCGCUGCUCGCGAGCAAGCGCUGGGCGAUGGUCGUCAAGGGCGCGUGGCAGCACGACGGGGUCAUCCAUGAGAAGGAGGGCCGGGUGCUGCUCAUGGGCCUGGUGCGGGCCUCGAGGUGCGUCGGCCUCCACGGGAAGAGAGUUCUCUCGAUUGGGGACAACCUUUCGAGCCUCUGCAGCUUCGAGAAGGGGCGCUCAGGCAGCUUCGCCCUUCGGCGCCUGUGCCAGCGCGCCGGGGCCCUCUCCAUCGGCUGCGAGCUCGACUGGUCCCUUCGCUACGUGGAGAGCAAGAGGAACCCGACCGACUUCGACUCGCGGGCCGCCGACCGAGGCGAGCUGGCCGCCGGGUGCUCCGUCGCUGGCCGGCACGGCCGAGCGCAUCAGUUCGUCGUGGAGAUCUUCGCCGGCUGCGCCGCCUUCUCCGCCGCCUGUCAGGAGGCCGACCUCAACAUCGGGUGCCCCAUCGAGAUCUCGAGGGGCCCCCACAUGGACGUCACGAGGCAGAGGACCCAGAGGCACAUCAAGGGCUUGGUCAAGCAGGGGCUCGUGUGGUACCUCCACUUGGGGACUCCGUGCACUACCUGGUCAAGGGCCCGCACGACGGGCUCAGGUGCUACCACAGCCCGUGGAAGGACGCCGUCAAGCACUGGGGCCAGCGCGUGGUCUGGGUCGGUCCUCGACGCGGAGCUACCAGAUCGAGAUCGGCGACGUGCUGCUAAGGCGGCCUCUCGCCGGGCCGCCGCGGGACACGACCCCGGCGACCGGUUCCUGGAGCGCAAGACCGUCGGGAAGGGGACUCUGGUCAACUACGAGACGUGCUCGUCGGACUUCGUCCGCUGGGCCAGCCAACAGGCCCCGCCCCGGGCACUGGCCCCGCUCGAGCAGCUGGACGCCAGCCUCUCCGCGUACUUUGACUUUCUCUUCUUCGACGGCUGUGAGCCGUGGGCUGGUCGGCACACCUUGUUCGGCUACGCCCACCUGCAUGGCGUCGUCGCGCCCUCGCGCAACCUGCCACAUGCUGUGAAAGCUCUGGCGGGCUGGGUGAAAGCCUGCCCAGAGCUCAGCCGUGACCCGUGCCCCUGGGAGGUGUUCGCCGCGAUCGCCGACCACUGGCUGGAGCUGGGCACGACCGAGUCCAUCCUUGCCGCCGCCUGCGGCGCCUUGCAGUUCGACACCCACCUUCGCCCGGCGGCCGCGGUCAGCCUGUCCCUCGAGCACGUGGUGUUGCCCUCAGGUAGGGCUGGCGACCGCUAUGACAAGGUGGCGCUGAUCGUUGCCCCUUCGAGUGGCCCAGCGCCUCGGCCCAACAAGAAUCAGCAGUUUGACGACACCGUGAUGGUUGGGUCUAUCGACCCAUCUCGUGGUUGGCUUCGGCAACUUGUUCGACAGCUCGUUGCCAGAGCCCGUGCACGACGUACCCAGCGCCUGUUCAACGAACUCCAGCUGUCCUCCUACGAGCGCCUGUUCCGCGAGGCCAGCCACCGACUAGGGCUGGCAGCGCUGAAGGUGUCGCCGCACACGCUGCGACACGGUGGCCCGUCUCUCGACUACUUGAAUGGCCUUGCCACCCUCCCUGUGCUGAAGAAGCGCGGAGGCUGGCUCAGCGACCGCUCCGUGGCAAGGUAUGGCAAAGAGGGACGUCUCUUGAGGCAGAUCAGCCGCCUUUCGCCUGCACAGCAACAGCAGUUCAAGCGUGCCGCCAGCCGCCUCAGACAGAAGCUGCUCUGCGCCACGGGA